UUUCAUUAGUUGAUUAAAUAAAAGAUUUAAUUAUUCAAAAAAAGAUCAUGAAUAUAUUCCGUGCAUAUAAUCGAAUAAUGAUUAAACAUCCAAUCAAAACACAAUGUAUUACAAAUGCUUGUUUAGUUGCAACCGGUGAUAUAAUUGCACAAAAAUUUAUUGAAAAACAAUCAGAACUUUUAGUUAAAAGAACGGCUAAAUUUGCAUUGUUUGGCCUAGUUUAUAUUGGACCAUGCAUAUCAUUGUGGUAUAGAUUUUUGGAUCGAAGUUUUGGUCGAACAAAACAAAUCAUUUUGAAACCAUGGCAAAAAAUGAUUAUCGAUCAAUCAACAUUUAGUCCAGCUAUCAAUUUUUUUGCUUUACCAAUAUUAGGUCUAAUGAAUCGAAAAUCAACAAAUGAAAUUGUUAAAAAUAUACAGGAAAAUUAUAUUGAUAUUAUGAUUGCAAGCUAUAAAAUUUGGCCAGCUGUUCAGAUUGCUAAUUUCUAUCUAAUUCCAUUGAAUUAUAGAGCUAUAUUUGCAUCAAUGUUUGCAUUAAUAUGGAAUUCAUAUUUUACCUGGAAACUUGGUGAAAAGAAAUAGAAUUUAUUUAGGUUGAUUAUUUUUUCGUUUUGUAAUUAUCUAUGUUUUCUAUAAUUUUUUUUUUGUAAAUCGAAAUAAAAACUGUUAUUAAAAAAAAAAGAUUUUUGUCAUUUUGGAACAA